UUGAACUAUUCACGACUCCAUAGCGUCCCUAAAAUGGAUCAGAUCUCACCCAUUUCCCGAGUGGGUAGAACUCUUGAAUUUAGCUGGUUAAACUUGUAGAUAGGGAGAUGAGGGUAUUUGCUCCAACUUCGCUACCCCCUCCCCCAUUUCUCUGAGAUUUAGUCCUUCUCAGUACUUUCCCUCCAUAUUCCAAGUAUCUUUGGCUCCCUAAAAGCUCAUCCCUUCCCAACUCCGGCGUGGCAAAGCCCCCUCCCCAGGUACUUCGGGUCCACCUCCUCUCCCAUUCGCCCGGGGACCCCGCGAUCCUUCGGGCGGUACGCCCCCUCCGGGUCCACCGGUCUGGCACACCGGCCAAAGACGUGCAGGGGCUGGGUCGGGCUGUGGAGGGAGGGGCUGAGGCUGGGUCCGAACCCCGGCGGGCGGGGCCGGGAAGGGGAGGUGUAGGGGGCCGGACGGGGCGGAGCAGGCGGCAUUUGCGGCCGGCGCCGGGGUGGAGAGUUGUGCGCCGGUCCCUGGGCCUGAGCUCGGGCUCGGGCUCGGGCGCCUGCGAUGUCUCAAGAUGGCGGAGCUGGGCGAAUUAAAGCACAUGGUGAUGAGUUUCCGGGUGUCUGAGCUCCAGGUGCUCCUCGGCUUUGCUGGCCGGAACAAAAGUGGACGGAAGCACGAGCUCCUGGCCAAGGCCUUACACCUCCUCAAAUCCAGCUGUGCCCCCAGCGUCCAGAUGAAGAUCAAAGAGCUUUACCGCCGACGCUUUCCCCGGAAGACCCUGGGGCCCUCUGAUCUUUCUCUGCUCUCUCUGCCCCCUGGCACCCCUCCUGUAGGCUCUCCUGGUCCUCUAGCUCCCAUCCCCCCAGCCCUCUUGGCCCCCGGCACCCUGCUGGGCCCCAAGCGUGAAGUGGACAUGCACCCCCCUCUGCCCCAGCCCGUGCACCCUGAUGUCACCAUGAAACCAUUGCCCUUCUAUGAAAUCUACGGGGAGCUCAUCCGGCCCACCACCCUCGCAUCCACUUCUAGCCAGCGGUUUGAAGAAGCGCACUUCACUUUUGCCCUCACCCCCCAGCAAGUGCAGCAGAUCCUCACAUCCAGAGAGGUUCUGCCAGGAGCCAAAUGUGAUUAUACCAUACAGGUGCAGCUACGGUUCUGUCUCUGUGAGACCAGCUGCCCCCAGGAGGAUUACUUCCCCCCCAACCUUUUUGUCAAGGUCAAUGGGAAACUGUGCCCCCUGCCGGGUUACCUUCCUCCUACCAAGAAUGGGGCUGAGCCCAAGAGGCCCAGCCGCCCCAUCAACAUCACACCCCUGGCUCGACUCUCAGCCACUGUUCCCAACACCAUCGUGGUCAACUGGUCGUCUGAGUUUGGACGGAAUUACUCCUUGUCCGUGUACCUGGUGAGGCAGCUGACUGCAGGGACCCUUCUACAAAAACUCAGAGCAAAGGGCAUCCGGAAUCCAGACCACUCCCGGGCACUGAUCAAGGAGAAGUUGACCGCUGACCCGGACAGUGAGGUGGCCACUACGAGUCUGCGGGUGUCACUCAUGUGCCCGCUAGGGAAGAUGCGCUUGACUGUCCCUUGUCGUGCCCUCACCUGCGCCCACCUGCAGAGCUUCGAUGCUGCCCUUUAUCUACAGAUGAAUGAGAAGAAGCCAACGUGGACAUGUCCUGUGUGUGACAAGAAGGCUCCCUAUGAAUCUCUUAUCAUUGAUGGUUUAUUCAUGGAGAUUCUUAAUUCCUGCUCGGAUUGUGAUGAGAUCCAGUUCAUGGAAGAUGGAUCCUGGUGCCCAAUGAAACCUAAGAAGGAGGCAUCUGAGGUUUGCCCCCCGCCAGGGUAUGGGCUGGAUGGCCUCCAGUAUAGCCCAGUCCAAGAGGGCAAUCCAUCAGAGAAUAAGAAGAAGGUUGAAGUUAUUGACUUGACAAUAGAAAGCUCAUCAGAUGAGGAGGACCUACCCCCGACGAAGAAGCACUGUCCUGUCACCUCAGCCGCUAUCCCGGCUCUACCUGGAAGCAAAGGAGUCCUGACAUCUGGUCACCAGCCGUCUUCGGUGCUACGGAGCCCUGCUAUGGGCACGCUGGGCGGGGAUUUCCUGUCCAGUCUCCCACUACACGAGUACCCACCUGCCUUCCCACUGGGGGCUGACAUACAAGGUUUAGAUUUAUUUUCUUUCCUUCAGACCGAGAGCCAGCACUAUGGUCCCUCCGUCAUCACCUCGCUAGAUGAACAGGAUGCCCUGGGCCACUUCUUCCAGUACCGAGGGACCCCGUCCCACUUCCUGGGCCCACUAGCCCCCACGUUGGGGAGCUCUCACCGCAGCACCACUCCAGCACCCCCUCCUGGCCGUGUCAGUAGCAUUGUGGCCCCUGGAGGGACCUUAAGGGAGGGGCAUGGAGGACCCCUGCCCUCAGGUCCCUCUUUGACUGGCUGUCGGUCAGACAUCAUUUCCCUGGACUGAGUCCCCUGGAUUAUGGAACCUUCACUGCCUCCCAACACUGAGCAAGUAUGCUGUGGAGUCUGGACCCCUGGCUACUCUGACCCCUCAGGGGGCCUUUGGUCAAAGGCCAGAAAGAUCUUCAUGGACACCUGUUUUUGGCCUUAUCUCUGCCUGACAAGGCUAGCACCCAAAGGGUUAAUAUUUAACCUCUUUUUAAGGACAUUUGGGGUCUGUUUUUGGAAAUGCUGAUGUCCAGCACAUUCCUUUGGGUCUGUUAACCUAGGCAGUGGGAGGCAAGUGGGAAGGGGUGUGAGUUGGGGAAAGGGCUGAAUCCUCAGCCUUGACUGUCUAAAGCCUUGUGGGGAAGGGGCCUUUCUCAUCCCCCAGAUACCCCCUCCCAUUCCCCAAAGCCAACUCUGUUCCUUCCCCAUAUCCAUUGUCUCUUCAUGUCCAUUCCGUUCUCUUUGGCCAAACAGACAGGUGGAGUAACUGAGCUAGGCAGACACAUGGACAGAGAACUCUAUUUUGGGUUGCAGACUUUUUGUGCGUAAACAAGAAAAACCAAAAUACUCCAAAGAUGACUUUCCCUGUCUCCUGCUUCCCAGAGUGACUGAGGAGAAGAUAAGGCCUUAGCCCCGAUCCCCAGGGGUUUGGGAGAAGGGCUCGGCCAGUCGCCUGGGUUUCUAUUUAUAUAUUUAAGUUCACAACAUGCUUAUGCUGACCAGCCUGGGGCCUGAACUUCUAAAGGCCCACAGUCCUGUGGUUAGGUCUGGCUCAUUCAGCACCUUUCCUGGGAGGUGGGAGCACCCUUGUGCUCUCUCCAGUCUCCCUUUUCAGGCUCCUCUAGGGCCUAGGAUCUAUGUUGUAAUUUUACUUUUUAUUCCCACAGUUGUAGCAAAGUUCUUACCCAUAAUAAAGGUUGUGAAUGUUC